AUGUCAUCACAGCUGUCGUCACAGAUACAGGCGCUGGAGACACGUAUAUCUUCAGAGGUAUCAGCGCAGGUGUCAUCGCAGGUGUCAUCCCGGUUAGAAACUCAGCUACAAGCACAGGAGGCACGCAUAUCAUCACAGCUGGAAGCACAGGAUGAAAAAAUUACACAAAUACAGGACAAACUUGAAGAGAGACAGGAGAAAGUCGAAGCAAAGGUAGAAGAGUUGGAAGGUCGCCUCCGAGAUUUGCAGGCUUGUGACCACGAAUUAAAAAUACGGUUUGUUGAUGCUUCUCAUCCUGCCGCUUGCCAUGACUCGUUCGUCUGGAACAAAAGCGAGGUACGAAGAUACUUUGAGGGGGAAUUUGCGACGCAUAGAAGAAAUAUUUGGCUUUUAGGUGAUGCGGGAUAUCCACUGGAACCGUGGAUUAUGACUCCAUAUAGAACUCCAGAGGACGGUUCAACGGAAUCACGCUUCAAUGAAAUGCAUUCCAAAUGUCGCAAUAUUAUUGAACGCACGAAUGGAGUUUUGAAGGCCCGACGGAGGUGGAUUCUUUCCGCUCGAGAGCUACAUUAUUCGCCUGAAAAGGCAGCGAAAGUCAUUAAUGUUUGUUGUUGCUUACACAACAUUUGUAUCCAUUUUAAGGUGGAUAUUCUCGAAGACCAUAUUGAAGACGAAAUCCGUGAUAUGGAACCUAUUGUAAUUACGUCAAAAAACCACAUGGAAAUUGCGAGGUCAAUAAGAUCGAAAAAUUGUCCAAGGAGUUCACGAAGCUGCUCGUCAGAUCCCGUCUAG